GUUUCAGAGCGUUGUUUGAUUAGAGAAAAAAUAAACAUUAUCAGCCGCAGUUUAGAUCCGGCAGCGGUCGCUACAUCGUCAAAAGACAAUUUAAUCGCAUUUUGCUUUUGGAAACUGAAGAAAAUGGUAGUGAAACUGAUCAAAACUCUAGCGAUUCCUUGUAGACACUGCAGAAACUACGCGAAAUGGCAUCACACCGUACUGCCGGCCGAUAUCUUCGAAGGCAAAAUCAUACCCAAAACGAAGAUCAUUCCUCGGGAAGAUCAGCGACAACGCGUGAAGUAUGGAGGAAAGUACAUAGUAACAUUGCUACCAGGAGCUGCGCCCGGUCCUAAGUUAAUGGCCUACGUGAAGGACGUCUUCAAGGUGGCGCACGUUCCAGUAGAUUUUGAGGAAAUCCCAUUGGAUGCUUCAAGCAAUGAAACAGAAACAGCUGAAUUCGGCCGAUUGGCUCUCACUUCAAUGCACAGGAAUGGCGUAGGUUUAAAGCGUUACAAGGAGAAUAACAACCAGGAAAUAAGAUAAUGACCGGAAAAAUGUAUAUCUACAUACUUUUUCUAUUCCCUAAACCCGAGGAAAAUAACACAAAAAAAUGUA